AUGGUAAAGAAGAAAAGCGGCAGAACUCUCAACCCUGCGGACGCUCAUCGCAAAGCGAUGCGGCAGAAGGAAAUCAAGAAGAAUAAAGCUGAGAGGAAGAGAGUUCGUACGAUGGUUAUGGUUCGCAAAGAUACUACCAAAUUAGAAGAUGAGAUCGGAAGAUAUAGAUCAUUAGACAGAGAGAAAAGGCUUGACAAGAAUGGAAAGGCAAAAUUAAAAGAUUUGCUUGAAAAACUAUCAAAGAUUCAUGAAAUUAAAAAGGCUCACGGUGUAAAUAUAGAAGUUGAAAAAGGGAAACCAUCCAAAUCUAGAACACCAAUAUACUUUCAUCCAACGCUAAAUCCAUCCGGAUUACCUCCUCCAGGCGUUUCAGGUUCACCAAAGCCUGGAGACAGUGAUGAAGAAGGUGAUAAUGAAGAAGGUUAUGAAGUUAGCACCGCUGAGGAAGGGGACAGCUCUGAAGCGGAAGGUUCUUCAAGCGAAGAUGAAGGGAAAGAAAUAUCAGAUGAAGAUAUUCCUCUACCUUCCAGUCCACCAACACGUGAAUCAUCAUCAGACGAACUACCCGACCUUCCACCAGGCCCUCCUCCACAAAAGCCAGAAGACAAGCGAGCUGGUCCGCCACCCGCACGUCGAGUUGAACAGUCGUUUGGCUCAUCUAUGCCAAUGUUGAGACCACGACCCUUCGGGCAAGAGCCUCCAAAUAUGAUGCCCUUUGGGGGAAUGCAGUAUCUUCCAAUGUAUCCGCCACCAUUUAAUGGUGCACCUGGAAUAAUCAAUAAUAUGAGACCUGGAAUGAGACCAACGCUUCCACCCCAAGCAUUUUCGCCAAAUUCAGGACCACCACCGUUCGGUAUGCAACAUCCGCCCUCAACGAUGCACAGUUUCCGACCUUCUGUCCAUACUCAACUCCCACCUCCUCCCUCAGCCCGCCCACCCCAAUCUCGCGCCGCCCCAUUUUCCCACUAUGGCCCUCCGCCAGUUCCGUUUCCCCAUACUGCUCCACUAAAACCACCCGCUGUCACUGCCUUCUUACCAAAGUCAAAGUCCGGUACUCCAGCCCCAACUCCCGUGAUCCGAGCUGAACCGCAAGUUAGAAACCUUCAAAAAGAACUCACAACUCUUGUUCCGGCAUCGGUUUUGCGUAAAAAGGCUACGGCUUCUAAGCAGAAAGCAAACCGGCCGCUAGUGAAUGCUGCUCCUAGAGUAGAUGACGAAGAUGGGUCGGACAACGUUGUGCCAUUGAAGAGGUCAGCAGCGGUGGCAGAGAUAUCAGUAUUGAAUGGAAAGGAAGGAGACGAGAAUAAUUUGGCAGAAACGGUCUUGACAGCUGGAGGAUCAGCGGGGUCAGCAGCAGUUGCAACAGGACAGGCAUCCGCGAAAAAGACCAAGAUUAGAAAGAAAGUUGAUGAAUAUGAAAAGUUUAUGUCAGAGAUGGCAGAUCUACUAUAA